AUGGGGCCGCGCCUCCUGCAUCACUACCGCUCCCGCUCCGCCUCCUCCUUCGCGCGCUCCCCGGACACCUCCGCCUCCGCCGGCGACGCACACAGCCUCGGCCCCGCGGCCGCCGACGUCCUCGACUCACCCUUCGGCCACGUCGAUGGCCUCUCCCGACCCGACGUCCGCGAGGCCGCCUACGAGGUGUUCUUCAUGUCAUGCCGCGCCGGAGGCACCAACGCCAAGGGCGCCGGCAACGGCAAUGGCGCGCUCAGCCACCACCCCGCGCCGUGGGACAGCGGCGGAGGAGGAGGCGGGGACGAGUCGCCGAGGAUCGGCGCAGGGCCCAGGGGCGGUACUGGCAUGAACGUCGUCAACAGCCGGGUCAAGCGCGCGCUCGGGCUCAAGGCGCGCAGGUCGUCGCAGCCCUCCACCGCCCUUCGCAGCGGCAUGAACGCGUCGUCCUCCUCGUCUGCACCGGGCUCCCCUGGCCGCGCGGUGCGCGCCAUGAUGAACCAGCCGUCGACGGGUACCGGCUCGCCCAGGGCGCGCCGGCCGAUGACCUCCGCUGAGAUCAUGCGUCAGCAGAUGCGCGUCUCGGAGCAGAGCGACGCACGCCUUCGCAAGACGCUCAUGCGCACCCUCGUCGGACAGGUGGGAAGAAGAGCGGAGACGAUCAUCCUUCCCCUGGAACUGCUGCGGCAGCUGAAGCUGCCCGACUUCGCCGACAGCGGCGAGCACCACCAGUGGCAGCUCCGCCAGCUCAAGCUCCUCGAGGCCGGCCUCAUCCUGCACAGCUCCAUCCCGAUCGACCAACGCCACAGCGCCUCCGUGCUCCGCUUCCGCGAGGUCAUGCAGGCCGCCGAGGCCCGCGCCAUCGACACCGGCAAGGCGUCGGACGCCAUGCGCGCGCUCUGCGACGCCGUGCUCGCGCUCGCCUGGCGCUCCGCGCCUGCCGGCGAGGCCUGCCACUGGGCCGACGGGUACCCUCUCAACGUGCUCCUCUACGUCUCCCUCCUCCAGGCCGUCUUCGACCUCCGGGACGAGACCGUCGUGCUCGACGAGGUGGACGAGCUGCUCGAGCUCAUGAAGCGGACAUGGACGACGCUCGGCAUCAACAAGAUGAUCCACAACGUGUGCUUCGCGUGGGUCCUCUUCCAGCAGUACGUGGCCACCGGCCAGGUCGACCAGGACCUCGCCGGCGCGGCGCUCGCGAUACUCACGGAGGUGGCGGCCGACGCCAAGCAGGAGAAACCCCGUGACGCCGUGUACGCGCGGGUGCUCUCCAGCGCUCUCGCCGCGAUACGUGACUGGCCCGAGAAGUGCCUGCUCGAUUACCAUGAGAUGUACGGGAACGGCAUCGGCGGCACCGGCACGGCCGCUAUGGAGAGCGCUCUGUCCCUGGCGCUCGCCGCCGGCAAGAUCAUCGCCGAGAGUGUGCCUGGCAUGGGCAUCAGCGCGGACCACGAAAGCGGCGGCGUAGGGAGCUUCGCCGGCGACCGCGUCGACUACUACGUUCGCUGCUCCAUGAGAAGCGCAUUCACCAAGGUCCUGGAGAACGGGCUCGGGCAAGAGGACAGCAUGACCACCGACCACCCCGAUGACCCCAGCGAAAUCCUGACGCGGCUCGCCAAGGACACGGAGGAGCUGGCGCUGUCGGAGCGCGAGAGCUUCAGCCAGGCAUUGAGGCGGUGGCAUCCGUUCCCGGCCGCCGUGGCCGCGACGACCCUGCACAGCUGCUUCGGCGUCGUGCUGAAGCAGUACGUUGCCAAGGCCGUCUGCCUAACCGAUGAACUCGUGCGCGUGCUGCACGCCGCGGGCAGGCUUGAGAAAGCCCUGGUGCAAAUGGUGAUGGAGGACGUUGCCGAUAGCGACGACGGCGGCAAGUCGGUGGUGCGGGAGGUGGUGCCGUACGACGUGGAGUCCGUCGUGGUGGGCUUCCUCAGGACGUGGAUCGAGGAGAGGCUCAGGGUCGCCAAGGAGUGCGUCAUCAGAGCCAAAGACACCGAGAGCUGGACCGCCAGGUCGAAGAAUGAACCGUACGCGCAGACCGCGGUGGAGCUGAUGAAGCUGGCCAAGGCCACCAUGGACGAGUUCUUCGCGAUCCCGGUGAGCGCCAGAGAUGACAUGGUUCAAGACCUCGCCGACGGCCUCGACGCCGUCUUCCAGGAGUACAUCUCAUUCCUCGCGUCCUGCGGUAACAAGCACAGCUACCUCCCGCCGCUGCCGGCGCUGACGAGGUGCAAUCAGGACUCAACGAUCAAGCGUCUCUGGAAGAGGGCGGCGGUGACGCCUUGCCGGGCGCCAUUGACGGGCGCGCGCGGCACCGUGUACAACUGCGGCCAGAGCGCGUCCGCAGCCGGCGGGCACAACCCGCGGCCGUCCACCAGCCGCGGCACGCAGCGCCUCUACGUCCGGCUCAACACGCUCCACUACGUGCUCAGCCACAUCCAGGCGCUCGACAAGUCGCUCUCCUUCUUCUCCGGGGGCGGUGGCGGGGCGUGCGCCUCACCCUCACCAUCGGCCACCGCCCGCCUCCUCGCGGCGCCGUCCUGCCACUUCGACCACGCGCGCGCCGCGGCGCAGUCGGCCAUCACCCACGUCGCCGAGGUUGCCGCGUACCGCCUCAUCUUCUUCGACUCGCACCAGUCCUUCUACGACGGGCUCUACGCGGGCGGCGUCGCAGACGCGCGCAUCCGCCCGGCGCUCCGCACGCUGAAGCAGAACCUGUCGCUGCUCCUCUCCGUCCUCGUCGACCGCGCGCAGCCGGUGGCCGUGCGGGAGGUGAUGAAGGCCUCGUUCCAGGCCUUCCUGACGGUCCUGCUCGCCGGCGGCAACCACCGGAGCUUCACGAAGGAGGACCACGGCAUGGUCGAGGAGGACCUCCGGAGCCUGAAGCGAGCCUUCUGCACGCGCGGCGAGGGCCUGGUGACGGAGGACGUGGUGGAGAGCGAGGCGGAGGUGGCUGAGGGCAUCGUAGCGCUCAUGGGACAGACCGCGGAGCGGCUUGUGGAGGAGCUGAGCAUCGCGUCGUCGUGCGGGUCGCCCCGCAUGGGCAACGGCGCCGCCGGGCAGAGGAUGCCGAUGCCGACGACGACCAGGCGGUGGAGCCGGACGGACCCUGACACCAUCCUCAGGGUGCUCUGCCACCGCGACGAGGAGGUCGCCAGCCACUUCUUGAAGCGCGCGUUUCAGCUACCCAAGAGGCAUCGGUGACCGUAGGCUUUGGCGCCAUUGCAUCCAGAGCUCUAAAUAUGUAAAUUAAUCA